AUGAAUGUAGCCAAUAUCAUAGAUUGUCUGUCUAAUUUACUGAAAGAUAAUUUAACUUUAAAUUCAGCAUCAUGUAUCUCACAAAAAGAACGUGAAGUUGCACAGCAUUUGAGCGAAACAAUCACAAAACUUAAUGAAUGUAAAAUUUUUGAAUUUGAAGUAGAGACAACAUUAGGUGUAGGCGAAACAUCAAAUGAAUAUGAAAAUGAAGAUGAUAAAAACACGUUCUAUGAUGAUAAUAGUUCGGAAGCGGAUGAUGAGUGGGAGUCGAAAGAGAACGAACGAGAACGUCAUGAUUUAAGCGACUAUUCUUUAGAGUAUAUGAAAGAAGUUGUUGCUUAUGCCGAUGCCAAAGAUUCAUCGGGUAAGCGAAGACGAGCAUGGAAAUCAGUACAUGAAAAAUACAAGAGAAUUCCAGCUCAAACAUACAUUAGUCGUUUUCGUAAAUAUCUUGAACAACAAGGGACAAAGAGACAGAAAAUACAAAAAGUUGAUGAAAUGGUAUUUCAAAUGUUUGUGGAAGCAAGAGAAAAGAAUCUUAUGGUACAUGAUGUAGAUAUUCAAAGAUGGGGCUUGAAAGUAGCCAAAUAUAUGAAGUUAAAUGAAUUUCAUGCAUCAGAUGGAUGGGUUAAAAAUUUCAAAGGUAGACACGGUAUUGUUUCUCGUCGAGUGACAAAUAUCGUAACAAAGCAUGAAUCAGCAAAUCUUGAAUUAAUUGAGAAAUCAAAAGAAAAUUUUAUUAAAGAUUUUUUAUACACGUUCUUCUCAUUUUAG